UGUAGCUUCACUUUCCACAUACCUCAUUAUAUGUGUCAUCAUGCACCUUUAGGCUUUGCUUUGUCUACCUCCUCUCUUCAUCUUCAACCCCUUACCUCUCUCUUACUUCCAACUUUCACUUUUUUCACCGCCUCCCAUAAAAUACUAAAUAUUUAUUCUUUUCUAAACCAAAAGCAGUUAAAAGACUGCAAGUUUGCAAACAUAUGUGUGUGAGAGAGAGAGAGAUCUAAUCCCCCCAUUAUCAUCUCCUCUUAUAAGUUUGGAACCUAACAAGCCAUCACUCUCUUGGGUUUUCUCUUAAUUCUAUUCUGAAACUCCCUUGGAUGUGUGUGUGUGUGUGAGAGAGAGAGAGAGAGAGAGAGGAUCCAGUUCAUCAUAUCUCAGCUUCUGCUGAUAAGGUUGACAACAUAACAAAAGAUUGAAUCAUCAAACUGAAAAUAGAAGCUUAAUUGAUAUAUAUAUAUAUGUUAGAAAAAAUGGCAGAAGAAGCAAACUCUAAUGGUUCCAUUCAAAAUCCAAUUGGUGGAUCCAAUCCUCUCACCAUAAAGAAGAAGAGAAACCUCCCAGGAAAUCCAGAUCCUGAAGCCGAAGUAAUCGCUUUAUCACCCAAGACUCUGAUGGCCACUAACAGAUUCUUGUGUGAGAUAUGUGGGAAAGGGUUUCAAAGGGAUCAAAACUUGCAGCUGCAUAGGAGAGGACACAAUCUGCCAUGGAAGCUCAAGCAAAGGACUAGCAAGGAGAUCAGGAAGCGCGUGUAUGUGUGCCCGGAAAAGACUUGUGUCCACAACCACCCUUCGAGGGCUCUGGGGGAUCUAACAGGGAUAAAGAAGCACUUCUGUCGAAAGCACGGGGAGAAGAAGUGGAAGUGUGAGAAGUGCUCAAAGAGGUAUGCUGUGCAGUCAGACUGGAAAGCCCACUCCAAAACUUGUGGCACCAGGGAAUACAAAUGUGAUUGUGGGACUAUAUUUUCGCGGCGAGAUAGCUUCAUCACUCAUAGAGCCUUUUGCGAUGCCUUAGCAGAAGAAACGGCUAGAGUUAACGCUGCAUCCAACUUCAACAUAACACCAAGCAAUAUCAAUCAUCAUUUCAUGGGAACUUUAGUAGGGCCUCCUAGCAUGGCACAACAUUUCUCCUCCAUUUUCAAGCCGGUCUCAACGAACGAUGAAACCAUAGAUCCAAGAACGCGGGGACUCUCAUUGUGGACCGGCCAAGGACCCCAAGGUCAUCAUGAUCAAGUGACGAGCAACAAUCUCCAACAGAUACAUCAGACAGGGUCACUGAGUUCAGGAGCAGUAUAUGGUGACACAUUUGUUGCAUGUUCAAACCCCCCACCAUCAAAUUUUCAGCUGAAUUGGAUGUUAGGAAGCAAUAAGUCUUCAGAUAAUGCUGAAGAACUAACAAGCACUUCACUCCCCUUGAGAAAUGCUAACCCUGCAGGAGGAGGUCAGCUGCUUGUGAGUGUUCCUUCCUUGUACACCACCCAACACCAGUCUCAUCAAACACCUAAUUCCGCGAAUAUGUCCGCGACAGCUUUGCUGCAGAAAGCUGCCCAAAUUGGGGCAACUUCAAGUGACACGUCAUACCUAGGGAGCUUUGGAUUGAAGUGCAAUAAUAAUAAUAACAAUCAAAUCCAAGAUGGUAACAAGUUCUGUGGACUCUAUGGUACAAAUCUAGUUGCCAAUAAUAUCGGAAGUGAUAUUGAGAGCGCAGUGAGCGAUCUCUCAACUUUGAAUCACUUGCAGAUGUACCCCUCGAAGCGCAGGAAUGUACAGACUGAUCAUCAAGAUAGUGCUGGAGGAGGAGGGCAAACCAGGGAUUUUUUGGGUGUUGGUGUACAAUCCAUCUGCCAUCCAUCAUCAAUCAAUGGGUGGAUUUGAUUAUAUGGGAAUUCCAUGUUUUGUCAAAAGGAAAGCAAAGUUGAUGAUAAUAAAGUGGAGUUGGGGGUGAGAGAGAGAGAGAGAGAGAGAGAAUAUGUGGUUUUUAGUAUAUGCAAAAACUUUGCAAAGAGAAAAAGGUGGGGAUUGAGUGCUUGAUGGGAGCUAAAAGUUGUGCCUUACAAAACUAUUCAAGUGCUAUAACUUGAGAGGAAGGAGAUCCAUGCAUAUUCUCUUGAACCUAGCGUGAAAGCUGCUUCCUUUAAAAUGGUAGCUUUUAUUUUUUGAUAAAAGGGGGUGAGUAGUGGGGGCAAAGAAAGAGAGGUUCCCUUUUUAACUCCAUUAUUGCAAUGUUUUCAUCUCUCUAUUCAUGUGGUGGUUCUCCUUUUGAACUGGAUUCAAAAGAAAAUUUCAGUGGCGCCAAAAAGGUUGAUUCUAGUUUAAGUUGUAGGAUAAUCCUACUGGUUAGAAUAAAUUAUGUAGCUUUUCUUUUAUUCAA